AUGUCAGCUCAAUACCCAUCGCUCAGACGAGCUCAGACGGACCUUCCUGCGCAGUCCACCAGCCCAUUACGACAAGACUCCACGGCGUCCACCAAUUCAUCCGCAUAUUCCGUCGCAUCCAGCUCAUUUGCUCCCAGUCGCACCAGCACAGUCUCUUCCAAUGGGUCAAUAGGUAGCAAUCUAGGCCACUUCCGAGGGAAGAGUGAAGCAAGCAGCAAAAGCUCUGUAGCCACCGUGACGGACACAAUGGAGCGGGGGAAUCGUCCAAACGCUGGGACUACAUACGAUAGCAUUCGCCGAUCUCUGCGCCCGCUGCAACAAGUUUCCAAUGGUACAUCGUCUGCAGCGAACGCUGGUGGUUACCGGCAUGCGCGGAGCCACACUGUCGACGAGACCCAGCCAUGGAAAGAGCAUCGACCUAGCACUCCUGAAUCGCGUCUGCAGGAAAACGAGUCGCCGCGUCGCAGAUUGUCUUUUUACGACGCGCAGACACCCACACCCACCUCCCCUCACCAAUGGUCCCCCGUGCCUGGGACGUCGCGUCCCUCAUCUCCACAAAAGACGACUCCACACAGCCCUCACCCGCCCCAGUUAACUGCUGCACUAUCGGGUCCUGAGUUGGAGACCUUCCAAAAAUCCUCCACAGGCCAUCUGAGGACCCUAUCUAAAUUUGCACAAUCCGGCGAGACCGAUGAAUUUCAAUUCAACACACCGGCAGGUUCCGUGACCGGUCUCGAAGGUCGGCGCCGCCUGAAGCGAGCAGACUCCACAGCUGGAAGGCCGGGCUCAGUAUCACCCGUCAAGCCCAAGGUGUCCUCGUGGGCAGCUGGCAACUGGAUGGAUCAACAGCGACAAUUCAUCCAGGCCUACGAAUAUCUGUGUCAUAUCGGAGAAGCCAAGCAGUGGAUUGAAGAUGUCAUCCACAAGCAAAUUCCUGCCAUUGUUCAAUUGGAAGAAGGGCUACGGGAUGGCGUUACGUUGGCGGAGGUUGUGCAAGCCAUGUAUCCAGGCAAACCCCUUCGAAUCUUCCGAAACCCAAAGUUGCAAUACCGCCACUCCGACAACAUCGCCCUCUUUUUCAGAUUCCUCGAUGAGAUUGAGCUACCGGAACUGUUUCGCUUUGAGUUGAUCGAUUUGUACGAAAAGAAGAAUCUUCCUAAGGUCAUACACUGUAUCCACGCGCUAUCGUGGGCACUCUUCAAGAAUGGCAUGUUAGACUUCCGAAUGGGUAACUUGGUCGGUCAGCUUGAAUUCGAACAUCAUGAGCUCGAAAAAACUCAGAAGGGAUUGGACAAGUCUGGCGUCAGCAUGCCCAGCUUCGCAGGAAUGGCCGCCAACUUCGGCGCCGAGCCCGAACCCGAGCCCGAGCCAGUUGAGUCUGAAGAAGAGCGCAUUGAUCGAGAACUGCAAGAAAAUGAAAGUGCGAUCUGCGACUUUCAGUCCCAAAUUCGAGGCGCCAUGUUGCGCUUGCAGCUGGGAAACACGAUGGGGGGUCUUUGGGACUUCGAGCCUCUUUUGAUUGAACUUCAGUCCCGCCUGCGUGGUGAUUGGGCUCGCCAAAUUAGUCAAUAUCGCUUGAACAUGCUUCAGUUCUCGGUUGGAUUACAAUCAAUCAGCAGAGGUUUCAUCGUGCGUCGCCGGCAACAAGAUGACGGGCAGUGGCGUAAAGCCCAAGAAGCGGAUAUUCUCCAAUUUCAAAGUCUCAUUCGCGGCUCCAAAGCCCGCGUCGAAGCCAAUCACCUGCGAACCCAGACCCGAAGAGAAGAGUCCGGGAUCAAACAGAUCCAGGCAGCAAUCAGAGGCGCAUUGUCACGCAACAAUGUUGCCGACCAAUACGAGCAGUACCAAGAGAGCGGAAAUGAAGUCACGUUGUUCCAGGCUGCUAUUCGUGGUGCUCUUCAACGCAUGACCGUCGCCAACCAAUACGAACAGGUUCAUCAGGCCGGUGGCGAAGUACUGUCGCUUCAAGCUGUCAUCCGCGGUGCUAUGCAGCGCAAGCAAAUGCAAGCCCAGUCCCAAGAAGUUAGCCGAGCCGGCAUCGCUGUGAAAUCACUCCAAGCCGCCAUGAGAGGUGCUUUGCAACGAACGAGAAUCAAUACUCAAUCCAACGAGGUUAAGCAGAUUGAAACCCCCGUAAAGUCUCUUCAAUCUGUCAUUCGAGGAUCAAUCGCCCGCCAAAACAUCUCAGAUAUGAAGACCUUGCUCAGCAAAGAAGCGUCCCAUGUCACUACAAUUCAAUCAUACAUCCGGGCUCUGAUCGCCAAAGAUCGCCAGACCCAGCUACUGCAUGCACUGGAAGAGACCGAAGAGGAGUGCACGGCCCUGCAAGCUAUUCUGCGUGCUGCUGCCGUGCGAACAUCAACUUCAGCCCUCCUUAGCGAGCUUUCCGAACAUGUGUCACCAGUGGUGGAUCUUCAGGGAAUUUUGCGUGGCCAAGCCGUGAGAGCGUCAUUGAAUGCCCAGAGAAUCUUGCUAUCGAACGAGGAGCCUUUGGUUUUGGAUCUGCAGUCCCGUUCUCGUGGGCUCAUUCAGAGGCUCCGUAUCACCGAGGAGCGCAACGAACUCGAGCAGGAGGAGGAUGCGAUUGUUGAUCUUCAAGCACUUGCUCGUGCCGCUGUCUCGCGAAUGAAAGUAGGAGACAUUCUUUCCAGCCUCGACGAGACUGAAGAGGAAGCCAUCCAGCUGCAAUCCUUAGCUCGCGCCAUGAUCGCACGUCUCGAAGUUGGUGAUAUCCUGACAGAUCUUGAUGCUGAAGAAGAAGUGAUCGUCGACCUUCAAGCACAAAUCCGAGGACUCAACGUCCGAAACCGUUUCGAAGAAAGACGUCAACACUACAAUGAAAACAUGGAGAAGGUCAUCAAGGCCCAGAGUGUUAUCCGAGGCCGCAUUCAAGGCCAAGCCUAUAAAAGCCUGACCAGCGGAAAGAAUCCACCUGUCGGAACAGUCAAGGGAUUCGUCCACCUUCUCAACGACAGCGACUUUGACUUCGAUGAAGAGAUUGAAUUUGAACGGUUGCGCAAGGUCGUUGUCCAGCAAGUCCGACAGAACGAGCUUGCCGAGCAAUACAUCAGCCAGCUGGAUAUCAAGAUUGCCCUCCUUGUCAAGAACAAGAUCACGCUCGACGAAGUUGUCAAGCACCAAAAGCACUUUGGCGGCCACAUCGGCAACUUGUUGUCAAACACCGAAAUCUCUUCCAAAGAUCCCUACGACCUAAAGGCCCUCAACAAAACCUCACGCAGGAAGUUGGACCAAUACCAAGUGUUCUUCUUCCUCCUUCAGACCCAAUCACAAUACCUGGCUCGUCUGUUCAGGCGAAUGCGCGAGGUGAAUACAUCGGACAAGGAAUACGAGAGGAUUAGGCACUUGAUGAUGGGCCUCUUUGGAUACUCACAGAAACGCCGCGAGGAAUAUUAUCUUAUCAAGCUUCUGGCGCGUUCUGUGAAGGAGGAUAUCGAGGGCUUCACAUCUCUUCCCGAGUAUUUGCGCUGCACGUCCUUCUGGAACAAGCUGUUCUCCUCAUAUGCCAAAUCGCCACGCGAUCGGAAGUUCAUGCGUGACGUUUUGGGCACCGUUGUCAAGGAGUCUGUGAUUGACAACCCAGACCUUGACCUGGAGAGUGAUCCCAUCCAAAUCUAUCGCUCCGCGAUCAACAAUGAAGAGCUCCAAACAGGACAAAGAAGUCGUCGCCAACCAGAUCUUCCCCGAGAAGAAGCUAUCAGGGACCCUGAAACUAGGGAUACAUUCAUUCAACAUCUGCAAGACCUUCGUGACAUUGUUGACCAAUUUUUCUUGGGCCUUGAGGACUCCUUGUACCGCAUGCCAUUCGGUAUCAGAUAUCUCGCACAGCAGAUGUAUCAAAAUCUCAUCGAGAAAUUCGCUGGCGAGGAUCAAGGUUUCAUACUCCAAACCGUGGGACAUUGGGUGUGGAAGAACUACUUCCAGCCUGCCGUUCUGGAGCCCGAAAAAUAUGGAGUGGUUGACCGGGGUUUGACCCAGGAGCAAAAACGCAAUCUCGGAGAAAUCUCCAAGGUUGUGGCUCAAAUAGCCUCCGGAAGACUGUUUGGAGCCGAGAAUGUCUAUCUUCAACCGCUUAACAGCUACAUUGCGGAAUCAAUUCAGCGGCUGGGGCAAAUCUGGGGCCAGAUGAUCUCAGUCCAAGACGCAGAGACAUACUUCGACAUUGACGAAUUUAACGACCUUUAUGCCAAGGCCAAGCCUACCCUUUACAUCAAGAUGUCUGACAUCUUCUCCAUUCACCAACUUGUGGCCUCCGAAAUCAAUCACAUGUGUCCUCACCCAGAUGAUUUCCUGAAAGAACUUGUCCGAGAACUGGGCAGUGUCAAGAGCAACGAGAAUGAACUGAUGGGUGUCAGCUCAACCGAAAUCAAUCUCACAUUGAGUCCCAAAAUGGCCCAGAUGGAAGAUCCUGAAGCUGAAGUCAAGGCGCUGUUCAUGGAGACGAAGCGUUGCAUCCUCUACAUUAUUCGUGUUCAGAGCGGCGCUAAUCUCAUGGACGUCAUGCUCAAGCCACCCUCACCCGAAGACGAGGAGCGUUGGCACGACUUGGUUAGGGAAGAGUUGAGCGCGAACAAUCCCCGCCGGGGUGCUUAUUCCGAGGCGAACAGCUUGAUCGACAUUAGCUCCAUGGGGUAUGCACAAUUGAAGGGUAUUGCACUCGAGAAUAUUCUUCGCCUGGAGCAGACCGGACGUAUCAACCGCCACAAUCACUACCAAGACCUUCUGAACGCCAUUGCCAUUGACAUUCGUACCAAGCACCGUCGGAGAAUUCAACGCGAGCGUGAAUUGGAAGGCGCUCGAUUGACCUCCCAGCGCCUCAGCGGCCAAGCAGUCUACCUUGACCAGCAACUCAAGACAUACAACGACUACAUCGAGCAGGCUAUGAUCACGUUGCAAAACAAGAAGGGCAAAAAACGAUUCUUAAUGCCAUUCACCAAGCAAUGGGAUCAUCAGCGCGAGCUUCAGAAGUCGGGCAAGGUUUUCAAGUUUGGAUCAUUCAAAUACUCCGCGCGCACCAUGGCCGAUCGCGGUGUCCUCGUUGGCUGGAAGGGUUACGCCGAGCGACAAUGGGAUCGGGUGGACUUGACCGUCUCCAGUAACGAGGUGGGCGUGUUCACCAUCGAUGGCAGCAGUGGAAACAUGAUGAUUCCCGGAGCCAAUGCACAGGUACCGCUGGACGACUUGCUGCAGGCCCAGUUCAACAACACCCAAUUCAUGGACUUCUUCGACGGUCAGAUGCGGGUCAACGUGAACCUCUUCUUGCACUUGAUCAUGAAGAAAUUCUAUAAUGAGUGA